AUGUGGGCGCGCCGUUGCCUGUCGGAUGACUGCGACAGUUCGUUUUUUCUAAAGGUGCUUAACUUUUCAGUGUUUUCGCAGCCGCCACCACCACCUCGCAACGGCCGUCUAAUGGCGACAGUGACCAGAACAUCUGAUGACCAGCGGUCAUCGUUGUCGUUGUCGUCGUCGUUCGCCGCCGGUCUGAAACUGGCUCCACAGACAGUAACGGCUUCGGUCCAGAGUGAUGAUUGGAGGUCGACGACGGACGGUAGCGCCAGCAGUGUCGGUUCCGGUGGCCAUGACGUCGAAUUGACCGUCAAGCUCCUCAACGACAAACUCGUCCGGAUCAAGGUAGACCCGAGAAUGCAAAUGUUAGACCUGCUCAUUCAGUUGUGCGCUGCGUGCAAAGUCAGUCCGAGUGACAUGUACAUCAAGGUGCCGGUCGAACGACGACCGGGCUACUACGAAUACAAGCCGAGCAUGAUGGUCGGCAAUCUACAGUACACAUACGUAGAAAUGGUGCCAAAGUCGAGCGUCAUCGAAAAGGUGAAGAAGCUGAAGUCGCACAGCUGGUUGUUCGAAGGGGUAAGUUGCCUUGCGAAAGGUUGGCGCAUUUUGUGA